CUUUGACUGAACGCCGAGAAAUAGAAGAUUCCCCUGCUUCAGAUAAACUGACACCCGUGUAAGCAAUGCCUCAUACCAAGGUACAGUGACAGAAGCUGACAGAGAUAUGGAGAGGAUUAAUAAGGAAACCGGGGAGCUGAGUGCAUCAGGAGAGAGUAUAGAGGUAUCAGAAUUGACAAGAGAUGAAACUCUGACAGACCCUGAAGAACAGGAAGACACAAGCGCAAGACAAGAAGUGGUCAUGGCUCUCAGACAACAGCUCCUGGAGCUGGAGAAAGCAACAGGAGAAGACAGAGAGGAGCAGCUUGUCCACCUUCUGCCUUUGUUUAUUCAGGUAUCAGAGAGCAGUAGUGUCACUGAAGACUUAGUACUCCAGGCUUUGGCCUCUCGGAUUGGAACGAUUCUGGUGCUUCAUGUACAGAAACGAGUGGCAGAACGACCUGCAGAGGAAGCACGACAUGACUUGGAGCAGUUUUUCAAUCAAACAGAACAAGGCAGCAGCAAAGGAUGGCUCCUGUUGAAGUCCUUAUCUCUUUUGUCCACUAGUGACACUGCAUUAAAUGCAGCACUUGAAACUGGACUGGCUGCUGCUUUGGUGAAGUGCCUGUAUCUCUUCGUAGCUCUUCCAUCAAGAAAAGCCAGUGAUAAGGAGAACGAAAAUUGCUCAUUUCAGGAGAUACUAAUUCAGGUGAUCCUGCAGCUGUGCAGGCAGGUGCAGUUUGUAAAGGAGCUGGUAGAGACAGAGGAGCUGCAGUGUGUAAUCAUCGCUCUUACCUCACUUUGGGAUCAGUGCAGCUCAUCAUGGAGGAGACAAGCCUCCCGAGUGCUCAGAGCUGUGUCAGCAGCUCAGGUUCCAAGCACUGUUCCAGCAUUGCAAGCCAAGAACUGUAUUAAGAUCUGCAUUCAAAACAUGCUGAAAAUGAGCGAGCAGGUUGCUGGGCCGGUUCUAGCUGAGGUGGCUGUAAGUGUGUUCAGCUUUGUGAGAGAUUCGUACCACAUCACUCCAGCUCUUUUCGAGGAGUUUGAGAACAAUGAUGGCUACAUGGUCCUUCAGGCCAUCAUGGCAAGGUGUGAGGAGGAAACAGCAGAGCAGCACUUCAUUCACGUGAAAGACCUCCUGGACCUUAUUGCCUCAUUCACCUUGUUUGGCAAAGCAGAAUUAAAGGUGGCCGUCUGUGUAAACAACCCCCAGCCUCCAGGCUUCAAAUUUGACCCACCUCUGACCAAAGGCUCAGCAGUGAAGAACCUCAGAGCAUUUAGGAUCCUCCAGUCCUCGUUCUUGCGUUCGGGCAGUGCGCUGACAUGCAGUCAGAUCCUGAGGACAGUCCACACAAUCUGGUCAUGGGACAAUGCCAAUUUCUUCUUACUGGAGUGGACACUGCAGUCUUUGGCUCAGCUGGCUGACUGUGCCUGGCAGAAGCCAUCAACUGUACACAGCCUUUUCUUUGAGCUGAUAGAAACUGUGAUCUUUCAGCUCUCCUACAUCCCCCACGAUACAUUACGGAAGGUACAGUCCGUACUAAAGGAGGGCUCAUCGCAGGCCUUUAACUUGGCUGCUCUGAAGUGUUUUCAUGGACUAGUGAUGCGCAGCAGUUUAUUAUCUGAAGUCCUGAGUGAUGGUGGGCUGAUGGAACUGCUGUUGGUGGAGCUUAGACGUCGAGCUAAGAUACUAAGGAAAGCGGGAAUUACAGUGAAUAAGAGUGAGCUGAGAGUGGAGGACUGCGAGCGGCAGCUCACCACCAACAUGCUAAAUGUUGUCGCUGGCCUGGCUAUGAGAUCCAUCAGAAAUACAGUGUCUAUAAGGGACUUAGGAAUGAUUCCUUAUGUAAAAAUCUUCCUGGAUGAUGAGCAGUAUCGUGGUCCGGCUCUGUGUAUCCUGGAACAGCUGUCAGAGAUGAAUCCAGAGGAGUACAUGAGCACGGCUAUAGGAGCUCUCUGCUCCUCCACUGAGACUGAACUGCAUCUCAAACAGGACCUGCUGCAGUCCAUCCUAAAAGUGCUUGACAGCAUCCUGAACAGCUGGAAUGCCUUUCGGACAGCUGGCGGAUUCACUGGUCUCCUGUCCAUGCUGGUGGACAUGGAGGGUUCCCUGCUGGAGAAGCCGCUGGGAGUGUGGGGCUCUCUCAGUCACCACAGCCUGAUGGAGCUUCUGUUACUCGCGCUGAACACCAUGGCCUUGGCUGUGCACCUAUAUCCGGUUAAUGCUCACUUCUUCUACACCACCGGUCACUAUGAGAGGCUGGCUGAAGCUCUGCAGCACCUGGGCUGCUUCCCUGGUGGAGCUGUUGUGGAUUUAGACGCUAAAGUAAGCUGUAGGAGCUUUCAGAACUUUGUAGAGUUGACUGAGAAGACAAGUCCGCCUCUUCCUGCCCCACUGCAGGACUGUGUAAAAUUGCUAAAUUUCCUGGAGCGGUUUGGUACUGGGAUUAGCAUGGGCGUAGACCUUUGUGCUCAUCUGAAAGACCCUGUGGGGGUUGAGGAGAAUCAAAGGGCAGGGAAGGAUGAUUUCCAAGGAUUGGCCAGAAAAGCAUCUCUCAGUGUCUCGAGUGUCUCUACAGAGUCUGAAAGGUUUUCCUGUGAUCAUGCCAUACUUCACCCUGGAGCAAUAAAAGUCAUCAUGACGCUAUUACCUCAUAUCUACUGCCCAAGUAACCCCCAGCUGUCUGCUGAGCUUCAGUUAGCUGUGGCUCAUCAUGUGCAGUCUUUGGUGAAGUCCGAGAGGAACAGGCAGAUCAUGUGCGAGUCCGGCCUGUUGGAAACUCUGUUGACUCACUGCAGGGAGAUCCUCCGCAACACCACACACUCACUGCACCUGCCUGUGGUGCGCAUACUGGAAAAACUGGCCUCCCAGUCUAUAGAUCACAAGUCGCUCAGACGGUUCCUGUCCUUAGAAGAACCUCCUACAUCUAGUACUGAGCCAUGUUUUCCUUCGUCAGUUUUAGAGCAUGACCCUCCACCUCAAAGUCCUCUCAUUAAUGGGCACUGUACUGACCCCUGCACUAGAAAUGGUGGAGAGACAGUCAAGAAAGGUUCCAAGAAGACACUAAAAAGAAGUUUUAGCUUGCUGAACACGUCAUCAGAUAGUAGGAUACCUGUUCCUCUUCACCAGAUCAUCAGCCUUGUUUCAAUGACUACGCCACGCAGCUUUCGACCACACAAAAUCUCAGCUUCUCCAUCUUUUGUGGAGUUUGACAUGACUGACAGUGGAUUCGGGUGUCUGUUUAUACCAUCUCUCGCCUCUGUAAAAGGUGUAAAUGCAGACUCCAUUUUUACAGGAGGCAUUGGUGGGGACUGUCGUGGUUUUCCUCCCUUGGCCGGUCUGUCUUUCUCCUGCUGGUUUUUAAUCAGCAGGUUCAGCUCAGCCUGUGAUUCACAUCCGGUGCGUUUGCUGACAGUAGUUCGCCACAUGUCCCGCGCUGAGCAGCACUUUAGUUGCCUGUCCAUGAAUAUUUCUUCAUCUGAUGGCUGCUUGGUGAUCUCCACUGAGGAAGAGGCCUACCAGUUCAUAGAUAUGAUGGAGCCGAUGUCACAGACUCCAACAUCUCUGCCAUCUACAGUUCGUUUUAAUUGCUCCAAGCAGCUGAUGCCAGGUUUAUGGCAUCAUCUUGUUGUUACCAUGGCCAAAGAUAUCAAGAAGAGCUGCAAAGUGACAGCUUAUCUGAAUCAAGAGGUCAUUGGAUCAGUAAAGAUGCGCUACAUUCAGCCAUUUCCUGGUCCGAGCAAUGCAAUGGAUGCAUCGGCGGUUAUUGACGUCUGUGGGAUUAUUGGAACUCCGCCUAUAUGGAAACAGCAUGCAGCUCUGAUCUGGCAGGUCGGUCCGACCUACCUAUUUGAGGAAGUCCUGAGUUCUGAUUCUGUAGAGAUCAUGUACGCACAGGGCACCAGGUACCUGGGCAGUUACCUCGCUCUGAAUACUCAAGACAGUGACAAACCAGAGUGUUUUCCAGUGAAGUUAGUUUCUCCAGAGAGGAUCUCCUUUGGCAUGAAUCCAGCAGUGUCCACUGUCACUACUGUGUCAGAUAUCAGAGACCAGUAUAAUGAGGUGGACAGCCGUCUCAUUGCUAAAGAGAUGGGCAUUACAUCACGGGAUAACUCCACUCCUGUGUUUCUGGCUCGGAAUAUUUGUCAGCACCUUAGUGGAACUGCUAGAUCAAUAGGGGCUGCCUUGAUUGGUCAUUUUGGAGUAAGAACGUUCACGCCCAACAGUGCAGCCAGUAGUGCCCAGUACAUUGGAGGACCUGCCGUUAUUCUUAGCCUGAUUGCAAUGGCUUCAGAUGACGGUUCCUUGUAUGCGUCUGUCAAAGUUCUUCUAUCUGUAUUAGAAACAAAUCCAGUCAUAAAAAAAGAGAUGAAACGCAUUCAUGGCUAUAAGCUCUUUGCCUUCCUUCUGAAGAUGAAGGCUCACCUAAUUAGCAGCAGGACUUUCCAGAUGAUUUUGGCCAUUGUAGGGGCAGUGGAGCUGGGGACAGGCUGUGUUUAUGUUCAAGACCUCACUGCCCUUGAAGCCAUCCUCUGUAACUUUGAGGUCUGGCAGAAGGCACCAGAAAGUCUUGACAUAGCUGUUUUGAACUAUUUUGCUGAUAUCCUAAAAUCAUCAAGUGAAGAUGUCCGAAAUACUCAGACCCUACACAACCUUAAUUUGAUGUCAAAGCUUCUUUUCCUGCUGCAGGAUCCAACCGUGACAGACAGAAAAGUUACUGUCGUGUGUAAUGUUAUCACAUGCCUGCUGCAAGGACACUUCAGCAUCAAAGACAUCCACAGGCUUGGACUCUUCCUAAUUCAUACCAUGUUGCCCCCAAUGGUCAAUGAGAACUGUGCUUGUCCCUUCGUUCCCCCUGAGGAUCCGUCUCAAACCUUGAGACAAACACCUGAAAGAACCAUCUGGAUCAGGAACCAGCUGCUUGAGGUGCUCGCUUCACUAAUUUUUUCUGACACACCCCUACAGAAGAAUAACCAGGAGGAGAUGUUCUUCACACUGGGAGCAGAUUGGUUCCUCCUCUUCCUGCAGGGACACAUCCAUUCCAGCUCAGUGUUGUUGGUUCUUAGACUAUUUAUUCACUUUCUGUCCAAUCAGAGCAUACUGGCCACAUUCAAACAGGGGGUGAGAUCAGGAACACUGGUGGAAAACAUGGAGAUGCUGCUUGGAAUCAUAGAUAACUUGCGGGUACAAUCCUGGUCGUAUGGGUGUUUGAGCAGCGUAUGUCCAGGCUUCACUGUGCUUUCCAGAUUGCUGCUCAGUCAUAUCAACCUUCCACAAAUAUACUGUGAUUUUGCUGCACUUCUGUUAGGAAAAAACAAUUUCAACAUACCUGAUGGACAAGUGGAUCUUGACGGUAUGCUUCAGAGUAUGAUCGACAGCUCCAACAAUGAGCAAAGAGUUCAGCUCUGCACCGAGGCAGCCUGCAUCCUGAUAGAUCUGGUCAGGAUGAUCAUCUGUAAGCCCUUAACAGGAAGUGAAGACAGCUGGGAGGUCCAGUACCCAGGAAGUGUUAUGCAGUUCCUCUGCUUGGUCCACAGCUUGUUCCCUCGAGAUCCUCUCUGGGCGUCUGCUGACUUCCUCGGCUCUUUGGCCAGUGCAGUUUUUCUAAAUGAAAUGAAUGAGAGUUCUGCAGGUCCUCAGACUAACAGGGAAUGUGGCACUUCAGAGGAGUCGUCCACCCCCCGCCUUACUCACCCUGCGAGGAAGCAAGUAUGUGACUUCAUUCGCAUAUUGCUGAUGGACAGCCUUAUAAAUAUUCCUGCCAAAGACCAGCAUCACCCAUUUAUACAGCUUCUGGAGCUUUCUACAGACAGUGUGAGUCAGGAGCAGAAGCAGAGUUUUCAGAGUGAGCUGCUGGAGUUUCUGAUGGACAUCAUCCACAUGACUGGGCUAGAGGAGGGUCAGUCUACACAUGUGGCCAGAGCUGAUUCAUCUCAAUCCAGGAUAGAAGGGAAGGUUAACAUACUUAUUGAGAAUGUGGCUUUCUUCAGUAAGAUGCUGGUGGAGAAGCUCUAUACUGGCAUGUUCCUGGUAGAUCCAGAAAACCUGCUGGGCUUUAUGGCUGAGCAGAUUGCAGUGGCAAUGGAGAGGGGGCAGUUUCAGCGUGAGACUACACUCAGUGUUCUGUACAACAGCAUGAACAGGGCCGUCCUGUAUUUCCUGUCUCGGCCCAGACAGACCCCGGCCGAACAACAGCUCAUCCUUAGAACUCUUCAGGUGCUGCAUCUGCACUGGGAUGUGAUCAUGGCAACCUACAACGCCAGUGUUCAUUUCAUCAGCUGUUUGUUGCACUGUCUGCUUCUCAUCCGCUCAGGAAGCUUUCCUGAGGGGUUUGGAUGUGAAAUGAAUAAAAAGCCAUUCAGAAAGAUCUGGCGGCAUCUUUUCCCACACAGGAACAACCGGGUUAUGGCUCCAGUGGACAUUCCUGAUUCCGCAGCAGUGGAAUCUGAGUUAAUGAAGCUUUUGGAGUGUACAUGGAAUAAAAUCAUGCAGGAGAGAAGACAAUUACUAGAGGAGGCUUAUAAGAUUGACCUUUCGGCUAAGCAGGUAGGAAAGGAGGGUCUGGUCUCCAUGAGUGAUGUGAGCCCUCUAUGGGAGGAGACGGCAAUGAAAAACUGGCAGGCUUUCAUAGAUUCUCAGAAGAAGAAGCUGAAUAAUGGCCAGAGAAAGGCAAGCGUACUCAGCAGUACACAUCGCUUACCUCAGAGAAGACCUGAAAAUGAUUUGCUUGCAGAGACUUUUUUGGGUGACAUGGAAGUUCACAGAAAGAUUGGUGAAGAGAUGUUUGAGUGUUUGCUGAAGAAUCAUAAACAGACUCUUCGCUGUGAGAGUGAGCUAAUGGCUACUCAGUGGCUGAAGAUAGAGGAGGAUUUACUUCGUGAAAGGGGGCUCUUUGGCCCAGGGCCAGGAGUGUUUAUCAACCAGGGCUGGGUGCAGGACGCUGCUGAGGGGCCUAACCGAACAAGACUCCGAAUUCGCAGGAAGGCACUGAGGCGCUCUAAAAAGCUACCAGUCCUAACGUCAGGAGUGUAUAUGAAGAACAGCCUUGCAGAGGAGAGCAGAGGUGUGGCAGAACUCGCCAACACAGAUUCAGAGCCUAAAGUUCUGUGUGAGUCGACCGGGGAGGCCAAGGAGAAAUCCGGGCUGGACUGUGAGCGUCUGACCUUCUUCCCCACGCUAACCGAAGCCUCGCUUCCUGCCGAGGAUCCUGCUGAACAGUGCAUAGAGUCGCAUCUCAUAGUGCAGCAGCUGGCUUCCAACGAGGAGGUCAGUGUUAAGCUGUGCGUGGCCGUAGUCAAUGGCCAUGUGCUGACCGAGGGGGUACUGUUGUUUGGAAAGGCAGAUCUGUAUGUGUGUGAGGGCUUCACACUUAACACCGGUGGAGAUGUGUGUUGUGUGAACCACCACCCUACCAGUGUGAGAGACUCAUUUAUCUGUGGCAUGUUGAAGAAGGAACAGAGCUCAGUAAACCCGUCCUGCAGACGCUGGCUAUACAAGGAUAUUAAAGAAGCUCAUUUUAUGCGUUUUCUUCUAGAGGAGAAUGCCAUUGAAAUCUUCAUGAAGAAUGGCGCUUCAGUGUUUCUGGUGUUUGUAAAUAAAGACCAUGUUGGUGCUUUUAAAAGGUUGUGUUCUGUAGUGCCUUCAUUAAAAGGAAGGGGGGUGACGGAGGCUGUGCAUAAUGCUAGGAAAACAGCUGCAAUUGAAAAGAUAGCUCUCGCUAAGUGGCAGAAAGGAGAAAUGAGUAACUUUGAAUACCUCAUGCAUUUAAACACACUUGCUGGACGUACUUACAAUGAUUUAAUGCAGUAUCCUGUGUUCCCGUGGAUCCUGGCUGAUUAUGAAUCAGAGACACUGGAUUUAUCAUCUCCUACAUCGUUCAGGGAUUUGUCACAACCGAUGGGUGCUCAGACUGAGAAAAGGAAAGAAAAGUUUAUUCAGCGAUACAAUGAAGUUGAAAGUAACGAUGGUGAACUGUCUGCACAGUGUCAUUACUGCACACAUUAUUCUUCAGCCAUCAUAGUGGCAUCCUACCUGGUGAGGAUGGAACCCUUCUCUCAGAUCUUCAUUUCACUGCAGGGUGGCUCUUUUGAUGUUCCUGAGAGAAUGUUUCACAGCGUGCAGAAGGAUUGGGAAUCCGCCUCCAAGGACAACAUGAGUGACGUGAGAGAGCUCAUUCCAGAGUUUUACUAUCUGCCAGACUUUCUUGUGAACUCCAACAACUUUGAGUUUGGCUGCAUGCAGGACGGAACCUCUCUAGGAGAUGUGGUGUUACCACCGUGGGCCAAAGGAGAUCCACAAGAGUUUAUCCGGACACACAGAGAAGCUCUAGAGAGUGACUUUGUGAGUGCAAACCUUCACCUGUGGAUUGAUCUAAUCUUUGGCUACAAACAGCAAGGUGUAGCAGCAGUUGAGGCCCUCAAUACCUUCCAUCCUUACUUCUAUACCGACAAGCACGAUGCUGAGAGUAUGAAGAACCCGCUGAAGAAAAACACAGUCCUAGGCUAUGUCAGCAACUUUGGUCAAAUUCUCAAACAGCUCUUCACAAAGCCUCACCCCAGCCGUAACGCACACAAGAACUCUGUGAACAAGGAGGCUAAUUACAUCACUCCAUUUUUCUUCAAACUGGACAAACUGAAGCCCUCUGUCCAGCCCAUAAAAGAGCUGACGCGCGGGCCCGUCGGUCAGAUCAUUUGUGGAGAGAAGGACUUAUGGGUCGUGGAGAAGAAUAAGUUGCUUAUACCUCCUCUCUGGAAUAUUUAUUUUUCAUGGGGUUAUUACGACCACACAUGCUCAUUUGGCAAUUACGCGACUGAGAAGGACUUUGCGGUGUGGGAAGGACUGUCAGAUUGGGGAGAGGUCCUGUGUGCUGACUGUCCCAGCAGUAAUAUCAUCAUCACAGCUGGCAGCAGCACAGUGGUGUGUGUGUGGGAUGUCUCCGUCAGUAAGGACAAGCUCAAACACAUGAAACUCAAACAGGUUUUAUAUGGACACACGGACACAGUGACAUGUAUUGUAGUGUCUGAGGCCCACAGUGUGAUCAUUAGUGGCUCAAAGGAUCAGACGUGCAUCCUGUGGGACCUGGAGGAGCUCAACUACAUUGCCCAGCUCCCUGCACACUCCUCCGGUGUGUCUGCUUUAGCCAUCAACGAUCUGACUGGUGAAAUUGUGUCAUGUUCUGGGACAAAUCUGUAUCUGUGGACGAUGAAAGGUCAGCUGCUGGCCUCUGUAAACACCCCCUAUGGACCGGAGGGCAGCAUCCUGUGCUGCUGCUUUACACAGAAGUAUGAGUGGGACCCACGUAAUGUCAUCAUUACAGGCUGUGCAGACGGGAUCGUCAGGAUAUGGAAGACUGAAUAUACAAAGGUACAAUUACCUGGACACGAGGAACAUUCCGAGUCUCCGGGGCAUGCUGUACCUCCGUCUGCAGAGGACACGGAGCUCAGCCGUGCGAGGUGGGAGAGACACCUGGUGCUGUGUCGAGAGCUGAACCGGAGUCAGGUCAUCACACGACGCCGCUACAGAAGCAACCCUGCCGUCACUGCACUGGCCAUAUCCAGGACUCAUGGCACAUUACUGGUAGGUGAUGCCUGGGGCAGGGUGUUCAGCUGGACCUGUGAGGACUAACGGAAGGAACAACUAAAUACAUAUCAAGCAUAGAUGAGCCAUCAGUAUCAUUCAGCAUGGACUGCUGCACCACUGCUGUGUGAGGGAUGACACGUGCUUUCUCGGAUGCACUGUGGGUUCUCGAUUGAGCCUGAAACACAAGACUGCUUAUUUAAGAAAUGUAGGAUGCUGCAAAUGUGGUGUGUGUGUGUGUGUGUGUGUGUGUGUGUGUGUGUGUGUGUGUGUGUGUGUGUGUGUGUGUGUGUGUGUGUGUGUGUGUGUUUGAGCCACAGGCUAAAUCAGUUAUCAUGGGUUAGGUUUUUCCCUCCGUCUUUCUGAAUGAUCUUACAGCUGAAAGAUGUUUAUUUUAAAAACAAUCUGUUUGAUAUUGAAGGCCGGCUGUGUUUCAGCCGUGUGUUAUCUUUACUGUAGACUGUUUUUCUUUCAUGCUUCGUGCCAGUUCAUUUUUAUAUUGUAUAGACAUGUUUUAGUGAGCUGCAGGCUUCAGAAAAUCAUAACCAGGUUAUGAAUAUCAUAACCUAUUAUUUUAGAAAGUUCUAUCACAUGUAAAUAUGUCAUGUGAAUACAGUUUAAGUGUUAUGUUUUUUAUAGUUUACUGUUAAUGAGUUGUUAUGUCAGCUAAUUUGUAUUGUAUCUAAUGGUACUAAUGUUGAUAAUAUAUGGACCUUUUAAAUAUAAAUAAAAACUCUGUAUUUGGUCCUGCUGUUCCUGCUCUUCUUUUAAAACUACAGGGAUCAGAAGGGCUGACUCAUCCCUAUCAGCUCGAAAGGGAGUGUUUUGGUUUUUUUUUCUUUCCCUGUGUGCUCUAAGAAAUGCUUAGCCAGUACUUCGUCUUAUACCCACAGUGAUUUACAAUUGAUUUCUACAGAAAUGUCA